AUGUCAGAUAAUUAUAUAACUACAAAACAAGUUAAGCAUCAUAUGUUAUUAACUAUUUUAAUAACACUUGAUGAUGCAAAUGCUGCUGAUUUGAAAUCACUUUGUUCGAAUUUUUUAAAUGAUGAGAUAAGAUUAUUCUGUAAAUCAAUUGAACAACAUAAAAAAGAAAAAGACGAACAACAUAAAUCAGCAUUAGAAUUAAUUGAUGAUCUGAUUGAACAAAAUGAAAAUAAACAAAAAGAUUAUAAUUUAUUAAAUAAAUUAACAGAAGACAUUAUAAAAAGUUUAAAUGAUAAAUUAAAGCAGAUAAUCUCAUCUCAUUGUUUUAAUAUUAAUUUACAAUUCAGUGAUAUGAAUGAAGGACUUUUCUUUGAAUAUUUGAAAAAUAAUCAUGAAAAUGGAAUUCCUUUUCUUCUUCUCUCAAUUAUUGAAGAUUCAUUAUCUAAACCUGACAUGAAUAUAGAUGGUACAAUUCUUACCGUUCAAAGUUAUAAUAUUUUCUCAAAUGAUAUAAUUGAAAAUUUUGAAAAAAAUGUAAAAGAAUCAAAUAUUAAAGAAGUAAGACUUUAUGGUAAAAGUAUCUUUAUGAAUACAUCAUUAAGUAAUGAAUUAUGGCAUGGAAUUAAUUUGACUAUUGGUUCAGAUGUAAUUGAUUUUGUUAAAGAUGAAUUAGAUAAUAAAAUAACAAUAAAUGUUAGUGGUAGAAAAGGUGCAGAUGGUAAAAAUGCUACACAUCAACCACAUGCAACAAGAGAAAGUGAAUCUGGCCUUGAUGGUUCAUCUGGUGAAAAUGGCGAAGCUGGAGAAAAUGGUGGAAAUAUCUAUUUAAUUGCAAAUAAGGAAUUUAGAGAAAAAAUUAAUAUAGAAAAAUUAAUAACAUCAGGAGGUGAUGGUGGUAAGGAUGGAGGACAACCAGGAACACGAGGCGGAGAUGGUGGUAUAGGAAGUGAUGUUGGUUUAGGUGGAUUUGGUGGAUAUGCUGCUGUUAUUCAUAUUGAAGAAAAUCAAAACUUAAUUGCUGAGACAUUUUCGAAAAUAAUUGAAUCAAAGGAUAAAUCUAAUAUAAGUGGAGGCGAUGGAUCACCUGGUGAAGGUGGCAAAGGUGGUACUGGAGGAUAUGAUGGAACGGAUGUUCUCUACCACAAAUAUCAUAGUUUCACAAGAAAUAAGAAAUAUGAAGGACAUAUUGAAAUACUCAAGAUCAAAAAAACAUUAUUCACGCUUGAUGUUAAAUUUGUUUUUAAAAAAAAGUCUAAAAAAAGAGAUGGAAUUGACAAUAUUAAUGGAAAAUCAGCUGAUUUACAAUUACGUUCUGGAAAAGUUCAUAACAAACGUGAAGAAAAAGAAAAAUUCAACGAACAACAAAUUAAAGGUCAAUUAAAUGCAGUUAUAAACAAUAAUAAUGAAGAAACGAAUAAUACUUCAAAUAAUAUAACAAGUUCAAUGAAUUUAUUGAAAGAUCAAAUGAUCGAGAUUUUAGAUGAACGUGAAUCAAAAAUCAAAACACAUCAAUUAUCAAAUUCAUUCAUUGAAAAUUCGUAUAAAAUUGUUCAACAAUCAUUGGUAUUAAAUGAGACUAAAAUCAAAUCAAAAAUAGAAAAUAAUAUUUUAAAAACAUCUGAUAAUAAUGAUAAUAAAUGUGAUCAAUCAGUAAUUCAAUUAAAAUUUGAUGAAAAUGAAAAAAAAUAUAUUCAGUUUAAAAACCAUGAUCAUAAUAUUGAGAAUUUAAGAACACAUUACAAGUCAAAAGUAAGUGAAUUAGAAAAACAAUUAAGCGAAGAUUUAGAAAAAACAAAAGAAGAUAUAAGAUCAUUAAAACUGAAGGGAAAACGUAUUCUAUUUAGAAUUGGUGUUCAAAGUUUUACAAAAUUAAAUGUAAUCGAAUCAAAUGAAAAUAAUGAACUUUUAUUAAAUCAAGACUUAUCGUUAUUAACUAAUAAUUAUGAAAGUGUUUUAUAUAAUUCAGAAAGAGAACAACAUAAACCAUUCGUAUUGAGUCAAUAUUUUCAAGACCUAAACAAAUUAAAAGAGAAGAAAAAGUCAUUAAUGCGAACAAAAAACAAAAUUAAACAAUUCGAUAUUGAUACAUUCAUAGAUGAAAUUUGCUUAGAAUAUGGAAGUAAAGAAUUGAUUGAUCAGAAAAUGUUCAAAUUUAAUGAAAUAAUUAAUUUUAUCGGUUCGAGAGGUAUCAAGGAUUUUGAAUUAUUCAAUAUUAAUGAUUUUAUAAAACACAAUGAUUUCUUAAUUAAUGAGUCAACCAAUUAUGAAACUCAUUUAAGUGACUUAUUUAAAAAUAAACCAGAUAGUUUAACAUUCAUUACAAAAAUUUUCGAUAUCUUAAUCGAAUCAAAAGUUUCAAUUGAAAAUAAGAAUUUAUCAUCGUUAUUUGACAUAUUCAGAGAAAAGAAGAUUUUUAAAGAAUUUGAAUUAAAGACAAGUACACCAGUUUAUCACGAUAAGAAUAAAUUAUUAGAAGAUAUCCAUAAAAGAUGUCUGGUAUAA